AUGGUGGCUGACGGGGAAGCGCUCAUCAACUUGGCUCACAACUUCUUCUUUGGAGAUGCCGCGCUCCUCGCUGCCGGCUGCCAGGUCUGCCCCGCUGAGAUCACCCAGGCCAACAACCUCGUCCUUUCGGACCUCAGCAGUGGCAGGGGAGCAGGGAAGUGUGUCGAUGGCAUAUCCGGCACUCGAGAUUACUCGGUGGCGGGGGAAGGCAAGGCUGCGAGGGUGAGUGUGGCGGGCAACUGCCUGACGCUCAGCCCGGACGCGGAGUGCGCAGCCAACGCCACCCAGCGCAGCACGGCAGCCUGCCAGGCGUUCUGCAGCAUCACGGACAACGGCCCGUGUGACAGCCAUGGGGAGUGUGUGCCGCCUGCCCCCACCUCCCCCUCCAACUUCACCUGCGUCUGCCGUCCCGGCUACUCUGCCCUCGACUCGGGCAAUGGCUCCACCUGCGCUGUUGUGAAAGCCGGCUCUAGUGUGUCCUCGCUCUCCACGGGCGCCAUAGUGGGCAUUGCUGUGGGCUGCUUUGCUGGCUUCGUUCUGCUGGCUGCUGUGCUCUCAUGCCUGCUGUGGCCCCGUGGACCAAGGAAGUGGGAGGGGCUGGACGUGUGUGAGCAGUACACGCUGCAGCAGAUGGUGAAGGCCACAGACAACUGGGCCAAGGGCAACGUGCGGGCCAUGGCGUCUCUCCACCAUGUGAAUCUGGUGCGGCUGCUGGGCUUCUGCCAGGAUCUGAACGUGGAGACGGGCAAUCAGGAGCAGAUCCUGGUGUACGAGUUUGUGGCUAACGGAGACUUGCAGCACCACAUUUACAGGAGCGAGAGUGAGUCGCAGUAUGUGCGUCACAAGGCAGCUGAGCAACUUCCGUAG